UUAAGUUUCGAUGUUCAAUAAUGAUAAUAAUGUUCAAUUUAAAAAUGCGCUGAUGUAACAAAUUUUAAAAAACCGCUGAUAUAAUAACGAAUCGAAAGGACGUGACAGUAAACGUGUCAAACGAUCGCAAUCGAUGUGCGAAUAUUUUCAAUUUUGAUCGAUCGCAGAGGACGCAUUACGAACGACAUUUCUUAAGAAGAUUAAGAUCAAGUUAAUUAUGACGCGCGAAAAAAUACCUACAAUUUUCGAGCGUUUUCAAAUCUGUAUGGAGGACGAAAUGGGACCAGGCAAGCUGAUCACUUAUGGGAUCGCUAGCGCCGGUUUAUUCGUUGCUCUUUAUAGGAUAAGACCUUUUGCAAAAUUUAAGAAACCGUCCGAUGUCCCAUCUCAUUUUUUGCAAUCACGAAUUUCACUUCAAGGCACUGUAAUGCGUGUAGAACCGAGUCAUGGUGCUCUACUAAUGGUCAAUCAUCAACCCUUAUUACCUUUUUUUAAUUUUAACAAUAAGAGUUAUUUACCUGUAAAAAUCAGUGGUGUUGACAUUACGGGUAAUGGCAUAAGUUGGUUACAAUGUGUAGUGAAUAAUAAAUAUAUAACAUUUAUACCUAUAAUGAAAAAAAAGGAAUAUUUGGAAUGUAUAGUUACAAUGUCACAGAAAGAUCAAGAUUCGUUAAAGAUUGGUGAAGAACUAAUUAAAUUAGGCCUAGGCACAAUACAUGAACCUUGGAUAAAGUUAAAGGACAAACAUAUACUAACAUAUAAAAAAUCUUUAACAAAUGCACAAAAAUGGGCAGUACGUAGAAGAAACGGAUAUUGGCACUUUAUCAAACAACCAACAGUUUUCUGGAAAACACAAAUGUUCUUAAUUAAUAAAGUGAAAACAUUGUUACCUACUUAUAUAGUAAGAUGGCUUGAUCUUUAAAAAUAUUGGCUUUUGAUAAUAAAUGUACAUACAUAUUU